CAAACUAACUCACUUACAGAGUAAUGCCUGAAUACAAGACCACCCUUCAACUUCCUGCAUUGGAUAUAUCUCAGCCUUUAAGCCAAUCCUCCCUCUCCUCCCUCAGUUCAGCUUGCAAGGAAUGGGGUUUCUUCCGCAUCAUCAAUCAUGGAGUUUCCAAAGAUCUUUACAGGAAACUCUAUUUUCUGGCAGAUCAUCUUUUCAACCUGCCUUGCGAGUCAAAGAUCAAGAUUGGCCCAUCAUCAUCUAUUAAAACCUACACACCUCAUUUCAUUGCAUCUCCAUUCUUUGAAAGCCUUCGAGUAUCUGGACCGGACUUCUUUGCUUCUGCACAGACUUCUUCCCAAGUUCUCUUCCACCACCCAAAUCCUGAAUUCAGCGAAGCAAUGAGCGAAUAUGGAAACAAGAUGUCCGAGCUUUCGAAAAGAAUAGUUAAGGCUGUGCUAAUAAGCAUGGGGGACGAUUUUGCAGAGAAGUUUUAUGAAUCAGAUUUCAAUAAAUGCCAUGGAUACAUGAGAAUAAACAAGUAUUCACCAGCAGAGAGUGCUGAAGAAGUGGAAGGUCUAGGAAUGCACACUGACAUGAGCUGUAUGACUAUUGUAUGUCAAGAUGACAUUGGAGGGCUUCAGGUGAGAUCUAAGUUAGGAAAAUGGAUGGACAUAAACCCAUGUGAAGAUACUCUAGUUGUCAACAUUGGAGAUCUAAUGCACGCAUGGAGCAAUGGAAAGCUGAGGUCAUCUGAGCAUAGAGUAGUUUUGAGAAGACAAGUUCAUAGAUUUUCUUUGGCUUUCUUUUGGUGUUUUGAGGAUGACAAGGUCAUUUUUGCACCAAAUGAAGUGGUUGGAGAAGGAAAUUUGAGGAUGUAUAAGCCAUUUGUUUGUAGGGAUUAUUUGAAUUUCAGAGAAAGCAGUGAGAAAGGCAAGUUUGACAAGGUUGGGUUCACCAUCAAAGAUUUUGCAGUCGAUCAAGAAAAACUUUGAUGGAAAUUAGAUAUGAGAUUUCCUUUUCCUCUUUUGUAUUCCUGGCAGAAACUUUUUGCUGAAAUUUCCUCGUGGUUAGUGUGGUUGUUUUUGAGAGGUUAUUUAAGAAGUGAAACCACUGUAAGAAAUUCUGUCCUUGUGCAAUUUAUAGUUGAUUGAGUCUCCAAUAAAGAAAAAUGAAGAAGAUAGAGGUUUGAAGUAAAAGUUAUUUUCUGAAGAUUCUUCUGUGACUUUGUAGUAAUAUUUUACCAAAGUACUCACCAGAAGAAAA